AUGGCGAAGGCAAGUGUUUCUCCACAUGGCAACAAAGACCUCAAAAAAGGGUUUGGUAAAAAAGGCGAGAAAAAGGUCAUCAAGGCGAGUCGGCCAGUUAGAGCCGACUGGAAGGAAGGCGUCAAAAAGAAGCAAGUCGGUGUAUCCGACAUGACGCUCUUGACAAAGAUUACCAACGAAGCAAUCAAUGAAAAUCUAAUGAAACGAUGGCAAAAUGCCGAGAUUUAUGCAAAUGCGACCCUUGGUAGUUAUCGUGGCAAGAAUCUGCUCGAGAUGCCUCCACACGUCUUUGCGAUUGCAGAAUCCGCGUAUCAUCACAUGAGCAGUUACAAAGAAAACCAGUGCGUUAUCAUCAGUGGUGAAUCAGGUGCUGGUAAAACAGAAGCUGCCAAGCGGAUAAUGCAAUAUAUUGCGGCGGUUUCUGGCGGCGGCCAGAAUUCGUCCAUCCAGGAGAUCAAGGAAAUGGUCUUGGCAACAAAUCCUUUAUUGGAAAGUUUCGGAUGUGCUAAAACGCUGAGAAACAAUAACUCCAGUCGUCAUGGUAAAUACCUAGAAAUUCAAUUCAACGCUCAGGGCGAGCCUGUUGGUGCAGUGAUUACCAACUAUCUCUUGGAAAAGAAUCGUGUCGUCGGUCAAAUUGAAAACGAGCGAAACUUUCACGUAUUCUAUCAACUUACCAAGGCGGCACCACCUGAAUAUCAAGAGGCUUAUGGUUUGCAGGGGCCCGAAAGCUUUUUGUAUACUAGCCGCAGUGGAUGCUUGGACGUGGAAGGGAUCAACGAUGUUACAGAAUAUGGUGAAACUAUUAAAGCAAUGGAUAUUGUUGGAUUGCAAAAGCAUGAACAGGACGAGAUCUUUAAAAUGUUGGCUGUGGUCUUGUGGUUGGGUAACCUUUUGUUCGUCGAAGAUGAUAGUGGCAACGCAGCCAUCUCGGAUCCCGAUGUUGCCAACUUUAUCGCAUACCUCUUGGAAGUGGAUAACGAAUCAUUGUCAAAGGCACUGACCAAUCGUGUAAUGGAAACGCAGCGUGGUGGACGAAGAGGCAGUGUGUACGAAGUGCCACUCAACGUCACCCAGGCCACAUCUGUGCGUGAUGCUCUUGCAAAAGCCGUCUAUGAGCGAUUGUUUGAAUGGAUUGUCACUCGUGUCAAUUUAUCGCUGCAAUCGCGUGGUGGCGAUCAAUACGUCAUUGGCGUCUUGGAUAUCUACGGCUUUGAGAUUUUCGACGACAACAGCUUUGAACAACUCUGCAUCAACUACGUGAACGAGAAGCUCCAGCAAAUUUUCAUUGAACUGACACUCAAGGCCGAACAGGAAGAAUACGUGCGUGAGCAGAUCCAGUGGACGCCGAUCCAAUUCUUCAACAACAAGAUUGUAUGUGAUCUCAUUGAAGAAAAGCGCCCUCCUGGAAUUUUUGCUGCCCUGAACGAUGCCUGUGCAACGGCCCAUGCUGACCCUGGUGCUGCGGAUAAUUCGUUUGUGCAACGUCUCGGCUUCCUGUCAUCCAAUGCCCAUUUUGAAUCGCGUGGAUCCAAAUUCUUGAUCCGCCACUAUGCUGGUGAAGUGUUGUACAACGUUGAAGGCAUGACCGACAAGAACAGGGAUUCGUUGUUGAAGGACUUGUUGAAUCUCGCCGCUGCAUCUUCGAACUCGUUCGUUUCUCAGACCUUGUUCCCCGAACGCAUUGAUCCUAACUCAAAGAAGAGACCUCCUACUGCCGGUGACAAGAUCAAGCUCUCCUGUAAUGCUCUGGUGACCAAGCUGAUGCAGUGCCAUCCAAGCUAUAUCCGUACCAUCAAACCGAACGACAACCGAAGCUCUUCAGAAUUCAAUGAAAAGCGUGUACUUCAUCAGGUUCAAUACCUUGGUCUCUGUGAAAAUAUUCGUGUCCGUCGCGCUGGUUACGCGUACAGAACGACUUUUGAAAAGUUCGUCGAACGCUUCUACUUGCUGUGCCCUUCGACCGGCUAUGCUGGUGAAUAUAUCUGGCACGGGGAUCCUGUAAGUGGUGCUCUAGAGAUUCUAAAGCACAACAACAUCCCUCAAGAUGAAUGGCAGAUGGGUACUUCCAAGGUGUUCAUUCGUCACCCUGAAACAAUUUUCGCGCUCGAGAAUUUGCGUGACAAGUACUGGCACAACAUGGCAACACGUAUCCAACGCGCUUGGCGUUCGUAUGUGCGUUACAAGCACGAGUGUGCUCGCAAGAUCCAGCGUUUCUGGAGACAAAACAAGUACAACAUUGGCUAUCUUCAAGCACGUGAAUAUGGUCAUGAACUCUUGGGCGGUCGCAAGGAACGCCGUCGAUUUUCGCUUCUCAGCAUGCGUAAAUUCACUGGUGACUAUCUUGAUGUUCGAAGCGGUACCGGUUUGGCAACUAUGAUUCGCAAUGCCUUGACACUCAAGGGCGGCGAGGAAGUGGUUUUCAGUAUGCGCGGUAGUACGCUUGUUCCUAGAGCGAUGCGGUCCAGUAUUCCUAGCCCGCGCACCCUUGUCUUGACAAAUCAAGGUCUUCAUGUUUUGGUGACGACCAAGAAUGGAAAGAUGAUCAACAUGACUGAUGAAAAGAUCCUUUCGUUGAAUGUUAUCAGCGGUGUCAGCACAUCUACGCUUCGUGACGACUGGAUUGUGCUGCACGUGGACAACUCGCCUGAUGGGGAUACCAUCCUUUCUUGUAUUUUCAAAACAGAACUCAUCACGCAUAUGGCCCAACAAACCGGUGGUCGGUUGCGAGUAAACGUCGACCCGCAAAUUCAAUACAAGAAGAAGGGUGGCAAGUCUGUGACCAUGAAGUUUGUCAAGAAUGAAAAGGUACCUCGCGACGACGUAUACAAGAGCCAUGUGGUCAAUGUGCCUUCUGGCGAACCUGCCAACAGUGCGUCAUUCCCACCGUGCGCCACUAAACCUCGUCUGACGUCGACAAGCUCGAGAAAGCCAGCUGCUCGCAAGCCAGCGGCAUCAGCGGCACGCUCUGCGCCUCGUCCCAAGCCAGCCGCUUCUGCAGCCGCUUCUCGACCACUGCCACCUAUUCAAAACAAUGCCCGUGCAGCACCUCCGCCACCUCCACCCGCACCUGCCACACCAUCAUUGCCACAGUUCAAGGCUAUCUACCCGUUCCAAUCUGAAGAAUCUGGAGAAAUUGCAUUUGAAAAGGAUGAUAUUUUGGAAAUUGCCGAGAAGGACGAAAAUGGCUGGUGGUUAGCGCGCAAGGAUGGUAAAGAAGGAUGGGUUCCUAGCAAUUACUUGGAAGAGUAUGUUGCACCCAAACCUACUCCUGCACCUCCACCUCCUCCAGCUCGCCGUGCAGCUCCACCACCACCACCUGCUCCUGCUGCUAGUACUACAACUAAACCUGCCGCUGCUCCAGUCCCCCGAUCGAACAUCUCGCCUCCCUCUGUUUCUGCUCCUGGCAGCACUACUGCACCUAUACCAGUGAUGCCCGGUAUUGCUGCACCAACGGCAAACGGCGUGCCUCCGUGGAAAGCUCAGUUGGAAGCUAGAAAGGCUGCUGCUGCUGGUAAUGGCGGAUCAGCUCCAACACCUGCUCCUCGACCUGUAUCAUCAUCCGCCGGCGCACCCGUUCCUGCUGCUCGACGAGCACCGCCUGCUCCUGGUCCCAAACCCGCUGUGCCUGUUAAGCCAAGCACUAUGGCAAAGCCGGCAAUUCCAGCAAGACCUGGUGCGGCUCCUACACCUGCUCCCCGUGCACCUCCACGGCCUUCGUCAGCUUCACCACCACCAUCUAACGCUGCCGCUUCUUUGGCAGAUGCUAUCCGUGCCAGACGUCAGCAACAACCGCAAACUCAUGAAAGUGACGACGAAUGGUAG